UCAUAUCUCUAGCAAGUUUCCGGAGUAUCUGGAAGGAUGCCUUCUUGCGUUGUCGGAUUGGAGUGGGGAUCCUGCGCGCGUGGUUGCGUCGUUUCGCAAGCUGGAGCACUGCAUUUACCAGAACGAGCGGUUCUCGAAGCACGGGCGGUAUUUCUCGCCAUUUUUGCAGCGCCUGGGGCCGGAGUGGGACGACAGCGAUGAAGACUGCAGUUAUCCGAUGCUGAUCAGCGUGCCGUUCCUGGAUUGGACGGUCCAGGGAGAGCCGCCUCCACUUCGCUUCCAGAUCGAUCCGAGAGAAGGUUUCCAGUCCAGCAGCGGAUCUUCGCACAUGCUGAGGUCUAUUUUGCAGUAUUUCUACCGGUUGGAGGACACGAGCGAUCGGGAGAACAGCCAAGUCUUUUCAAAGUAUAAGCCGUGGACCACCGACCGCGACCUUGACUUGAAAGUCCGCAGUUUGUACGGCCACUACCCGUGCGGGCUCAAUGUGGACGAAGUCUGGAUCCUCGCCAUCGAUAAAAGACACAUCGUGACUUUCUCGAGCAAUCAAAGCUGGAAGUCUCGCUGGCCACCUCUGCAGCUGACUUCCAGAAUCGCCGAGGUCUCCUUCCGCGGCAUCCGUAACAACUUCUUCCGCUCCGAGCAGAACCCGGACUAUACUGCGAUGACACAUACUGUAGCGUGUCUCAGCGGAGCAGUUGGGAUAUUACAUAGGAGCUUUUGGUCGGAUUUGAAGCUGUGUCUAGUCGACCGCUAUGCUGGCUAUCUGGGCCACUUGCAAUACCGUCUGCACCGUUCGCCAAGCACAAGACUUGUCAUGGACCUCCUGCAGCCACGAAACCCUCUCCCCCAAACGCACACCCACCAAAAGCCGACGACCCCAUCCCCGCGGCCCCCCAGCCCGCCACCACGCCGGCGCCGGCGCCAACGCCGACGACGACAACCCCCCCCCCCCACCAACGACGCGGCCCCCCCCCUCCUCCUCCCCCCAUCCAGCAGCACCCGCGCCACCUACCGCCAACUCUCGACGACCCCGUCCGCCCCCGCCCCCGCCCCCGCCCUCUCCUCGCCGCCGUCGCAGCUCCGCGAAUCCCUCGCCCGCGAACUCGCGGACCUGCGCUCCCUGCGCGACAACAGCAACGCGCUCGCCAACCGCACCAUCCAGCUCGUCAACAUCCGGCUCGAGGACCACGGCAAGGCCAUCCUCGUCUUCACCGUCGUCACCGUCGUCUUCCUGCCGCUGUCGUUCGUCACGAGCUUCUUCGGCAUGAACUUCGCCGACAUCCGCGACAUGCGGCAGACGGCGCAGGGGCAGACGUUUUGGGUCGUGGCGGCGAGCGUGACGGUGGGGGUGGUGGGGGUGGCGGCUGGGUUGGCGUUUUGGGGGGGUGAGGUGGUGGAGUGGGGGAUGGAUUGGAGGGAGGGGAGGGAGGCGGAGAGGAGGAGGAGGAGGAGGAGGAGGAGGGGCGGGGCGGCGCUGGUGCCGGGGGCGGGGUCGGACGCGGGCGGGUUUGGGGUCUCGGGUGUUGAUGGGGCGGGCUGGUGA